AGUGAACCAAAACCACCUACAGCUCCAACCCACCAAAAGUUUCACUCCCACAACUUUUCGCCAUAAUUAUGGCGUCCUCCUCCUCCUCCCCCUUGAGCCCGACAACCCGCAUCAUGAACGAACUCGCAAACUACCGUAAAGAGCCCAAUCCCGCGCUAGAAUCCCUAGGUCCCGUCUCGGAAGACGACCUCUUCCACUGGACCACAGUGUUAAAAGGCGCGGAAGGAACCGCGUACGAGGGUGGUCGCUGGAAGAUCGACAUCAAGAUCCCCGAAAACUACCCACAUAAAGCCCCCGAAAUGAAGUUUUUGACGAGCAUUUGUCACCCGAAUGUUCACCUCAAGACGGGGGAAAUUUGUUUAGAUUUACUCACGAACAAUUGGUCCGCAGUGUGCUCGAUCUCGGCGACAUUGACGUCGGUGCAGCAGUUGCUUGCCAGCCCUGAAUGGGAUUCCCCGCUUAAUGUGGACGCAGCGGCGGUUCUUAGGGCUGGGGACACGGUUGGGUAUGAGAGCUUGGUGAGGGUUUGGAGUGUGCUGCAUGCUGGAAAGCCGCCAACGCUCGGGUAGGGAGGGUAUUGUGCACCGGUAUUUGAGGGGAGAGAGAUGUAUUGUAAUGGCGUUUGUUACCGAAUAUGAAUAUACGAUACCUUGUUCCUCGAGUUGAGGUUUG